AAGUGACAUAAUCGUUGUAAAUAUCUCUCUUAAACUUUGACAUUUUGAAAAUUAUUCUACAAUAUGGAAAGUUAUUUUCUAGUUUUUGCCUUAAUCGUGACAUUGACAUGUGGCGUGUGUGGGACCCCAACCGACGAAGACUGUUGCAAGGCAAACAGUAAGCGUUUCAGUCGAAUUGAAGAAUCUUUGAAAAUUUUAGAAAAUGAAAACAGAAACCUAAAAAAUGUUGUUGAAAAACAGCAAAACAAAAUUUCCAAACUUGAAGGAAUAGUUCAAGAGCAGGAAAGAGUGGAGAAAAUUGAAAACCAAUACAGAAAUCGUUCUUCAAGAUUACUGGAAGGUGGAUCUCAGUCAUUACCAGGAACAGAACAAGUUGCAUUUUACGCUUACUUGAGUAAAACCGAGGCUAUUUCUCCACAUCACACUCUAAUUUUUGAUCACGUCGAAACAAACGUUGGACAGGCUUAUAACCAACACAGUGGUGCGUUCACCGUACCCAUCAGUGGUGUAUAUAUGUUUUCUUACACAGUUUUUCCUAACGGUGCGGGUAGUUUUGCUUCUGUAGAACUUACAGUAAACAGCAUGCCACAUGGUGCGAUAUUCGUUGACAGCAGCUCCGCGGACGGCGAUUUCACCGGCUGCACUGGAUUUGUAGUACUGGCUUUAAAACAAGGGGAUAUCUGUCUUGUUCGUUUUCAUUCUACAUACCAGUCCGCUGGGAAAAUAGAAAGUGAUUCCUUCAUGCGUUCUUCUUUCUCGGGAGUUAAAGUGUGAUUU